GAGUGACGUUGCCAUUGACAACUUUUUUCUUUCGACUCUUUCUUCAAUUUAAUCGUGUAUGAUACUUGAAUCUUGUAUUUUCUAUUAAAUAAAAAUAGAAUGUCCGGACGUAACAAUGUUUCAGUAAUGGUUUCGUAAAGACAGUAGUAGAUACAAGAAGGAAAAUCAAGGUGACCGUGGGGGACUCGAAAAUGUUCCCACGUUCCCGCUUCGUAAGUGUGUGUCGCGCGUGCGUGUGAAAUUCCUAAGUGAGAAAAUGAACGCCCAAGGACAAGAACACGGUCAUGUUGUGGUUGUGUGGGAGUGGGAAAAUCGUUAUGGGCGUUGGAGACCUUAUAGCCCUGCGGUAUCGCAACACCUUGAACGAGCACAUUGCAAAAAACUUACACGGGUCUUUCUUAAUGAUGCAGACCCAAAUUUGGAUAGGUAUUACAUAAAUUUGAAGACUAAAAUGCAAUGUAGUGAAAAUGGAGAUGAAACACACAAUGUCAGAAGAAAGUUUUACGUUCCAAGUUCACCAGCAGGCAAAGGAGCUAAGUGGGAAUGGGCUGGUGAUACAGAUGAUUGGCACACAUACGAUAUGGAAGUACAGUGUCUUAUAGAAGAAGCAUGGGCAAGGGGUGAUAAAACUAUUGACAUUUCUAAGACUUACUUAGGUUUUCCUUAUAUUAUAAAUUUUUGUAAUUUAACUCAAGUACGUUGCUGUACUGGAUAUGUGAGACCAAUACGACGCAUUCAGCAAGCACCUUAUCCUUUAGUAAAAGUUGCUUUAGAGGAACUGCAAGUUAUUUCAGGAAAGAAAUCUACAUGUGUAACUAUAAAAAAUACAACAGCAAAAGUAACGCAUAAAAAAUCAUCUACAGGAAAUACAAAAAAGAGCAAUAAGAAGGGUAAAAAUGGUGAUACUGGUCCAUCAAAUAUAGCACGUGUUAUAUUGAGCAAUUUCAACAUAUUUACCAACAGACAUGGUAUAGAAAACAGUAAUUCAGUUACAACCAUGGAAUCUGGUCAGAAAAGAAAAACAUGGGAUAAUGUACUCGAUGUAGAUUCUAGUAGUACAAAAAGCGGACGUAGACCUAGUGUUGACACAGUUUCUACAUAUUUGAGUCAUGAAAAUCCAGUAGACUUAUUAGAUAGCAGCGUAGGAAGUGAUGAUGCAUUUAAAGAUCCUAUUUUGGAUACGGAAUCGGAUGUUAUUUCUCAAUAUGUGAAAGUAGUAGAGAGUACUGAUUCUGAUUCCUGCCCUGUAUGUCUUGGUAUGCCUGAACCCUUGACAGUAGAAUUGACUCGCUGUAAACACAGACUGCAUUUAACAUGUUUAAAUGCAAUGCUCAGUUGCCAACAACAUCCCAUGUACAUACAGUGUCCUGUUUGUCGUUUAAUUUAUGGAGAAAAGAGAGGAAAUCAACCUCGUGGGACUAUGAAUUGGACAAGGAUACCACGUGCUUUACCUGGAUUCCCAAAUACAAAUACAAUUCAAAUAACUUAUGACAUUCCAUCGGGAAUUCAAGGAAAUGAGCAUCCCAAUCCUGGUCAGGCUUACUAUGCUGUGGGUUUUCCACGAGUAUGUUAUCUUCCAGAUAAUAAUCUAGGUCGAAGAGUUUUAAGAUUAUUACAAAUGGCUUUUGAACGAAGAUUAAUAUUUACAAUUGGGCGAUCAGUAACUACUGGUCGAGAAGAUGUGGUAACAUGGAAUGAAAUUCACCACAAGACGGAAUUAGGCCCGUCAACAUCUGGCCAUGGUUAUCCUGACACAAGUUACCUUGAUAGAACUUUAGCUGAAUUAGCAGCACAAGGUGUAACAGAUGGACAACCACCACCUACACUAUAUCAAGAACUGCAUUGAAACAACAGUUUUGUUUUCUUCAUGGUUUCAUUUGUGUGCAAGUAUCAAUGUAACAUGUACAUAGUCUACUACUCCAAUUUUUUAAUGGUUGAUAAUGAUAAAGCAUUUAAGUAAUUAUCUUUGAUA